AUGCAGCAGCAGCAGCCGGACGGCGGGGGAGACCAGGCGUCGGCGUCGCCGGACGUCUCCGCCGCCGAGACGUUCCUGCAGAGCGUGGCGCUGUCCCUGCAGGGCGCCGUCGUCUCCUCGCUGCAGCAGGCGGCGCUGCUGCCGCCCAACUCAGCCGCCGCCGCGGCGCUCAACCUGCAGGCGCUCGAGUCCUACCUGGCGCUGCAGAGGCUCACCGCCUCCGGCCUCGCCGCCCCCAAGUCGCCCGCCUCCAGCCCCGGCUCCUGCUCGCCCCCCGCCCCGCCCCGGGCCGCGUCGUCCCGCCCCAAGAAGCAGUUCAUCUGCAAGUUCUGCAACCGGCAGUUCACCAAGUCCUACAACCUGCUGAUCCACGAGAGGACGCACACGGACGAGCGGCCCUACUCCUGCGACAUCUGCGGCAAGGCGUUCCGGCGGCAGGACCACCUGCGGGACCACAGGUACAUCCACUCGAAGGAGAAGCCAUUCAAGUGCGGCGAGUGCGGCAAGGGCUUCUGCCAGUCGCGCACGCUCGCCGUGCACAAGAUCCUGCACAUGGAGGAGUCCCCGCACAAGUGCCCCGUGUGCAGCCGCUCCUUCAACCAGCGCUCCAACCUCAAGACGCACCUGCUCACGCACACCGACAUCAAGCCCUACAACUGCUCGUCGUGCGGCAAGGUGUUCCGGCGAAACUGCGACCUGCGCCGGCACAGCCUCACGCACAACCUGGGGGCGGCCGCGUCCCCGCCUCCGCCGCCGCCGCCGCCUCCGCCUCCUCCUCCUCGGCCGCAGGGCCGGCAGCAGCCGCCCCCGACUCGCCGCCCCCGCUGGCCGCCGCGCUGGCCCUCAUCUCGUCCCCCGGGUUCAGCAUCGAGGCGCUCAUGA